AUGGAUACCUCCACUUCAGCCAAGAAACGAUUAAUGUCAGCGGCGUCCACUGACACAGACUCGGAGGCUUGCUAUCAACGCCCUAACACCAUCAAAAGGCCGAAGGUUGAGGAUAACGAGGAGCCUCAUGCAGGCGAGCGCGAAGUGCCCAUUGAAGAGGCCAUGUAUCCGCUCCCCCCCUUCCAGCGUUGGGACGCCGAAAUUCGUUACUGCGAGAAAGCAAAGAAAUUGCGUCAAUUCGAAAUGGGACUAGGCCAAGGGAGGCUCACCAUCAUACAAGCGAGCCUGCAAAGACUUGUUGCAGAGCGCUGGGAUGCUGAAGCAAAACGUUGUGAGGAGGCGAAGCGGGCACAACUUUUAGAGUUACUUCUUGCCGCUCAUGCUGGUUGGACGUUGCGAGAGGGCCAAACUAGUUUUGAAAGGCAUCAGCAAUAUAAGGAGGGUGAAGGUGAAGAUAUGUGGGCACCCUUUGCCAAUGAGGAAGAAUGGGGACUUGCUGAAUGGAUGGUCAAAAGCCUUGGGCAGACUAAAACGGAUGAAUUUCUGAAGUUACCGAUAACGCAAAACCGCACCAAGCCUUCAUUCCAUAAUAAACGGUCAUUCCUACAGAGAGUUGAUGCGCUGCCACAUGGACCGGCCUGGAAUUGUAAGAAGGUUAGCGUCAAAGGAAAUCGGACGGAUGAGAACGGACAGUCGCUGCAUGAGGACCUUGAACUUUGGUCCCGCGACCCUGUAGAAUGCAUCAAGGAACUUAUCGGAAAUCCUUUAUUCAAGGAAUAUAUGGUGUACGCACCAUCACGAGCGUACGAGGACGAAGCGGGCACCGAACGGAUCAUCGAUGAUAUGUGGACAGCUGAUUGGUGGUGGGACAAGCAGAAAGAACUGCCUGAGGGUGCGACCAUAGCUCCAAUAAUCCUCGCCUCCGACAAGACAAUGCUAUCCCAGUUUCGAGGUGAUAAGUCCGCUUGGCCUGUUUAUCUGUCAAUUGGCAACAUUGCCAAAGAGAAACGACGUCAAACAUCCGCACGCGCAACCAUCCUCAUCGGGUACUUACCUGUGACGAAGCUCGAUUGUUUCACGUCUGAUGCGCGAUCCCUCGCUGGAUACCGAUUGUUCCACCACUGUCUGUCGCUGUUGCUGGAGCCGCUGAUUGCAGCCGGUGAGGAUGGUGUAGACAUGGUUUGCGCUGACUCGUUCAUUCGACGAGUGUACCCCAUACUUGCGGCCUACGUCGCGGAUUUUCCCGAGCAGUGUCUCAUUGCUUGCUGCAAAGAAAACCGGUGCCCUAAGUGCUUGGUGGCAGCCGAUGAGCGUGGUGAUCCGCUAAAUUCACUGAUCCGAGACCCGGAGCUGACAAAGGAGAUACUGGAGAGACGGAGGAGUGGUCAGCACCCAGUAGAAUUCGAUGAGUAUGGACUGAGGCCGGUGUAUAAACCUUUCUGGGCCAACUUACCACACACCAACAUUUUUUUGGCAUUCACGCCAGAUCUCCUCCACCAACUCCACAAGGGGGUCUUCAAAGACCAUCUCGUCAAAUGGUGCCUCGACAUCGUGGGAGAAACCGAACUUGACGCUCGCUUCAAGGCCAUUCCAGACUAUCCUGGUCUCCGUCACUUUAAAAAAGGUAUAUCGAGCGUCAAGCAGUGGACCGGAACUGAGCACAAGGAAAUGCAGCGCGUUUUCAUGGCGCUAAUUACUGGUGCAGUCCCAAGUCGAGUGGUCAUUGUCACGCGGGCCUUACUGGAUUUUUGCUAUUACGCACGACUUCAUACACAUACGAGCGAAUCCCUGGACUGUCUGGAGAACGCCCUCACCGUUUUUCACGCUCACAAGGAUGUGUUACAGGAGCUCGCAGUGCGUGAACACUUCAACAUUCCAAAGCUACAUCAAUUGUCCCACUACGUACAGUCAAUCAAACUAUUCGGAGCUGCAGAUGGAUUCAACACCGAACUUCCCGAGCGCCUCCACAUCGACUUCGCUAAAGAGGCUUACCGCGCAAGUAACAAGCGCGACUACGAGGAACAGAUGGCGUUAUGGCUUCAACGCCAGGAGGCAGUCUUCUGCCGAUCCACUUACCUCGAAUGGGUGGCUGAGCGUGCCGCUCGCCGGACAGAACGGGAAUCUGAGUAUGAUUCCGACUCUGAUGCUGAAAACGAGGGCUUUGAUGUGGUGCCUGUUGUUUCGCAGGAUAUCAUUCAUGUUCUGGCAAAGACUGCCCCACAUCCUCGUCGAUCUGUUCAACAUCUCGAAACCAUGCAUGGCGCCGUUGAUUUCCUGCCCGCUCUCACAUUAUUUUUACAGAAGCAUUUGCCGCACAAUCAUAGCAUUGUGCCUGGUCCCCAAGAUCGUUUUGACACUUUCCGACAAGUAGUCAUCAUCCUUCCCCCCGACCCUCGUGUGUCCGAGUUGCCCAAGUGCCUACGGGUCAGGGCGACGCCUGAAGUGCUUCCUUCGUCUUCUGGACGGAAGCCAGGUUCCCCCAAUCGAUUUGACAUGGCACUGGUUAGCAGUGAUGGCGUCCAAGCAUCGAAGGCACUACUCACGCUGAAUGCCGCUGUCCGAGUUGCGCAGGUCCGUGUGUUGUUCACGCUGCCUCGUCAAUUUGGCGCAUACCCGCGACCCCUUGCGUACGUUGAAUGGUUUACCCCGUUCAGAGAGCCAGACGAGUCGUCUGGUCUGCGUCUAAUCUCUCGUUCAACUCGUCACUUGCGACGGAAUUCGGCCGUGAUUCAUGUUGACGAGAUUAUUCGUCCAUGUCACCUCAUACCCAAGAUGGGUCAAUUGGUCAAUCCUACGUGGACGAGCGCGAAUGUGUAUGAGUUGGCGAGUGAAUUUUACUUAAAUCCAUUCAUUGACCUCGAGAGUUUUUGUAUGUCCACUACGAGUACUUAG